AUGCCUAGCGUCUAUUCAAAACUGUGCAAGAAGGGUAAGCAGAGGAGUAAUGCGAGAAACUUGUCAACUAGUAUCCAUGUUGAUGACACCAAAGUCACGAAAAUAAGUCAUUAUGUCUCGGAUAGAGUGCAGUAUGCGUCAUGUAAAAAGACGCCGAAACUAUUGCGUCCGGCGCCAUGUGAAAGAGAAGUUCCGAGAUUUCGAUCAAGUGAUAUGCCUUACAAUGACGAUAACUUUAGAAAACUUGUGCGCACGUUCAAUGAGCUUGUAGCACUGAGAGAGGGAAAGGUCGGAAGAAAAACAGUGAACACCUUUAUGUACAGAACAUCAAAUUUUGUCGGCGGUAUGUUCGACUACAGGGGCGGCGAGCUGUCUCUAGCAGAGGGCGAAAUCCGAUUACUGGUCACACCGGGCGCAAUUGAACCCGGUGAAGGCCUUAAACCGAUAUAUAUGUACCUCCCCCUUAAGAGGAGGCAAUAUCCAAGCACAAAAAUGAAGUUAAAGGGGAUUUCCCUGUCCCCAGUAAUUUGCUGUGGACAACAUGGUAUGACUUUCAAGAAACCUGUCCUCCUGUCUAUAAAAUCGGCUAUCGACGGCGACGUUAAUGCAUUCCAGGUAUUGAGAAGCGAUACCCAACCUGACGAGAAACCAGACUGGAGAGUGGCAACUCCCAAUGAAGUACACUGUGUGUGGAACAACGGCUACUGCACAGUGGCGUUCACUCACUUCACGCUGUAUCAAGUGAUUGGCAUGCACGGCGAAACUAUCGUGAAAGGUCGAUUCCUUGUCCAAGUGUAUCUCGAAGAUCGUGGAGGAGCGACGCCGAUUGUUAAACUGAGGGUGCACGUGUUUCCUGAGACUGAAGCGUGCGCACUGAUUGUUAAAAAUCAGGAAGCUGAACUUGGUGGUAAACUGGUCGACGCGUGGCAGAGGUUAUCCAUUGAAGAGUACAAGGGCGCGACAAUUGAAUUGUCGGAUUUUGGCGGAUGGAUACCAAUCAAUAAAACAAUCGAGCAUGUCAAAUCGACACAGAUUUGGGUGGGGGAACCAGCAGGAGUGUCACGCACAUUUACAUUAAAGAAACAUAUCCAAAGCGGUGCAGGAGACGGUAGAAUUGAGGCAAAAGUUACGGUGUACGAGACGGGGAAACCAUCCACCUCUGAGUACAUACACGUACUUAAUGAAAACCUCGCGAUACAGCACGGCGGAGCCCAGCCAGGGCAACCCGAUCUUCAAACCAAACAGCGAAAGCGUCUAGUUUCAUCCGUGCCAGAUCCGAGUCCCGGGUCAGAUCGCGAAUUCCGAAAUAGCCUUCCAGAAAUACAACACGCUUACCAAGAGAAAUUCGCCAAUGUGAUGCCAUACGAGUUAUACGCUGAUUUGUGCAUUAAACUCGAUAUCAAACGGUGGACAGACGGUGAUGGCCGAUAUUUGGCAGAAAACUUAGGUUUGUCGGGAGAAGUCAUACAAUAUCUUACACAUAACGUUUCCGAACAACCGCGAAGUCUCACUGCGGCUGUACUGGACUUUUUCCUUGUGAACCGACUUCAACGGGGACUGGGGAAAGAUGAAAUACUCGAGGAACUCAGACAUCGAUUGCUUGAAAUCAAACACGAAGUAGCGGCGGAGUUAGUGGAAAAAUAUAUAACAAUUAAACCGACAUCUGCCGACUCUGGGAGGGGUAGUAGUCUUAAAACACCUGCGUCACGCGCGGGAACCAAGCCCUAA